AGUUAAUAUGCUUGUGCAUCAGAUACGUACACGUUUAAACUGUGAAAUAUUCUCUCAAACAAGUGUAGCUGUACAUCGUUUGCUUUCUCUGCCGUCUUUCAAAGAGUACUACUCCCAGCAGGGGGUGUCACGAGACUUUGAUGGAAAAUACAUGCGCAUAAAUUACUCUUUGGACUUGCAAAGCGUAGGUCACAAUCAUUAAAAAGAAAUCACACGUUUUUUGUAAGAGUUCGCUGACGAGAUGGCGACAGCAAUGUCAACGUAUCGUUAUCUGGAAGACGUAAUUCAUAUAAUAUUCUCCGAGGAAAAAAUAUCGGAGGAUAAAAAAUACAGAGAGCAGAAAAAAGAAGAAAUUGUUAAUACAAUCUGUGCCUUGUUAAACAGCAAUGGCGGAAAAGUGGAAAUACGUGGUGAAGAAACGGAAGGUAACUUGGUCUCCGCCACGAUACUCCACUCCUUGACUCGAACGCUAGAACAGUUAUCAGAGUCCAGGUUUCGAGCUCAGAUAGUCGAUUCGAUUAACAUUUUCGAGGACAAAAAAGAGAAAGUGAUAAAAAUUUGUGUGGGUGAAGCUCCCUUUCUCGUCACAAUUAAAUACAAUCUUUACCGACCCACUCAAAAACAAGUUGAGCUUUUUGGCAAUGACAAUCUCCCGAAUGUGGAAAAAAUAUUAAACAGAAAAUUUGUUGAUCAACCCGUCCAACUUGGCUCACACCAGAAAACAUUUCUUAACGGUCAAGACUGUGAUCUUGGUCAAAAUGAGGUUAUUCAGUUCAAGCACCUGAAAUCAGAUUCAUCAAAGCGCGCCACACUCGCAGAUCGUAUGAUUGGUAAAAGUAACAAAUUCAGUUGUUACGUAUCAGCGUUCGCUAACCACAGGGGUGGUCACAUUUACUAUGGUAUUGAUGAUGAUUGCGUUGUUCAGGGAGAGGAAACAGAAAACAUUUCCGAAAUUGAGAAGAAAGUUGAAAAAGCCAUUCAGAGAAUGAUCUGGCCUGACGUGAUUGGUCAACCAAAGCGAGGAGAACACUGGGAAAUUUUCUUUGAACCAGUGCUGGACGAGAAGUCCAACCCUAUCCCAUCAACGUUUGUGAUCGUGAUCUUUAUCGCUCCUUGUUGUGGUGGAGUGUUCACAGAGGAACCAGAAAGCUAUAAAAUGGUGGUAGGAAAAGUCGAAAGAAUGUCGUUCAAAACUUGGAAGGAGAAACUACAGCCUGUCGGUCUAAACAAGAGGAAACAAGACGUUCCUUCCACAGUUAAACGUAUUUUAUUAAGUCCUGCGGCCAAAAAACGUUUCAUUGAGGCUAACGAAGUUUUAACCGAAGUCAUGAAUAACCAAGAUUGGAAAUCUUUCACGAGACGCGCCAGUCAACUUGAGCAUAAAUAUCCCAACAAUCUUGAUGUAAAGUUAGUAGUGUUGUCCAGUAGAGUAAUGGCAAAAUAUCGACUAGGCAAUACUCAGGAAGCGUCUACCUUGCUUACUAAAUUCCAAGAAAGUUUUCCCCGGACAAAGGAACCAAAGGUGUUUGAAGGGCAUUUUCUGUUUUUGAAAUCGCUUGUAGUACGUGUGUCUGGCAAAACUGAUGAAUCUCGGAAAAUAGCAUUUGACGCUUUAACCGUAGCAGAACAAGUAGAACCUGGACUUUGUACUGCUCCUAUUUAUUUAGUCGCCGCAUUAUCUUGUGAUUACCGUCAAAACGACGAAAGAUUAUCGCCGGACAUACUUUGUAUCAAGGCACUGGAACACCUGGAGUAUGUUGAAGGUGCUCCAACGGUACUGGCAGACAAGUGUCAUACUGCGCAUAUCGUGUUAGCAACUCAUUACUUGGGAUAUAACAUGUCGGGAAAGGUGAUCAAAAAAGACAUAGAUGAAGAGAGCCUUAAAAAAGCCCAAGCAAGUAUAAUGGCAGUAAAUCAAUCAGUGUGUGAAGGAAAUCCAUUAACAGAGUACAGGGAGAUUUGGUUCGCACUGGCUCAAUCAUUUCUUUACAUUAGACACUCGCAACUCCAACCUGAAAAGCAAACGAAAUUCUUACGAACUGCAUUGAAGAACGCAAGAAAAGCUGAGAAUCUCGCUAAAGAUUCUGGUCUCGAGGAAAUGGUUUGCUGGGCUCAGACUACAAUUGCUUCUUGUGUAGAGGCAUUAGUAGUUGGGACUUUGAUGAAAAUAAAAAACAUAAAGGUAUAUAAAGUAGAGUAGUUGCAAAAGCUGCGGGUACGCGGGUACCAACCGUGAGGAAGGUUUGU